GAAGGCGCGAAGAGCAGUAAAGUGCGCAAUCCUGGCGAGAGGCCAAGCGCCGUCGUCGUGCCGUCAACGCGUAUCAACGCCUCAGACGGGCGGCUAUGCACGUGUGUUGACCGUCACGCCGUCUUACUCCAUUAGCCGAUCUUCUUGUACCGUGCCGAGCAAGUUAUGGCUACCAAAAAAAAAAAAAACGGGCGCCGCGAAAGACAAACAAACCGAGACAGAAAACCAUUCGUCACCGCUUGGCCCUGUGUCGUCUGGUAUGCGUGAGCCGACGAGCAGUCUCCGGCUUUUCAUGGCAGUGUAGUCCCAGGCUCAUUUCCCUAUUCGGCUUCUGGAAUGAGGACGCCUCUCCAAAGCUGCAUUUACAUAAUAAAGAUGUUUAUUCUCUCUCUCUCUCUCUCUCGGCGCGGCGCUACGGUGGCGAUGAAGUUAGUCUGCUCCGAUGCGCUUCAUCUUACUUGUGAGCCCGGAAGAGAGCCUGGGAAGCCGUUCUUGGGGAGCUAUGUUGAAUACGGCAGCGUCGGUUCGAACCUAUUCGCUGUGGCUGUGGAUGUCGUGUAGAGCCGUAGCGGCCCUGCUCGUCGCUUUCGGUGCCGCCAAGUUAAUUUCAUGGUGCUGGUACCAGUAUCGGCUGUUCAGGGCCCUCGAAGACAUUCCUGGCCCAGGAGGCCGUUGGGCUGUGCUCUUCACGCCGCGCUACUUUAUACACUCCCUGUCUACAAAUCCUAGGCGAACCGGAAACACAGUGGACUUUUUCCAAUGGAUUCGUGGUUUGAGUGAAGUCCACCGGCCGAAGGGAGUUUUCAAGAUAUACGCAGGAUUUAACCCAAUAGUGUUCCUUUGCACGGCGGAGACAGCAGAGCCUCUGCUUUCAAGUACGUCCAACCUAAAGAAGUCUGUUAUCUACGACAAUAUGCACCCGUGGCUUGGUUCGGGAGGCCUGCUGACCAGCUAUGGAGAUCGCUGGCGGCAACACCGGAAGCUCCUCACGCCGGCGUUUCACUUUCGGGUGCUGGACAAUUUCCUGUCCAUCAUUAAUGACCAGGGCGACCGGCUUGUUCAGGAACUAAGCCAGCUGGCAAACAACACGUACGUCAACCUGUUCCCCACGCUCUCGAGGUGCGCCCUGGCCACAAUCUGCGAAACAGCCAUGGGCCUCAAGGUUCACUCCCAGGAAAGUACGAGUGCAGUGUUCGAGUACGAAAGGGAUCUAGAAACCGCCAUCAAGCUUUUCAUGAUAAGAGUAUUGCAGCCGUGGACUUGGAUCGACAUGGUGUACUGGGCCACGGCGAGAGGUGCCAUCUUCGCCAAGGUUGUCAAGAGGCUACACUGCUUCACAACCAAGGUGAUAGUAGAGCGUCAGAAAUCCGAGGCAGCCAGGCGCUUAGCUGCAAGGGCUGAGGCGGAGGAGCAUUUCCUUGAUUCCGAUGGCUCUCACGGCAAGGCGUCGACGGUGCCGCCGGCUCCAGGUACCCAGGGUACAGUCACCGGAACUGAUGCCGAGCGACCAGCAUUCCUGGACCUUUUGUCGCGCUACUACCGCCAGGGCAUCUUUAGCAUUGAAGAUAUGAGGCAGGAAGUGGACACCUUCAUGUUCGCGGGUCACGACACAUCGGCUCAGACGCUUACGUGGACUCUCUUCGCACUUGCCAUCAACCCUGGCGUUCAGCGAAGGGUGCACGACGAACUAGACCGAGUCUUCGGGAAGCGGGCAGCGAGCAACGUCACAAAAAGCCACGUUGCCAACCUGACUUAUCUCGACCGUGUCUUGAAGGAAACGAUGCGUAUUUUCACUAUUGUGCCUUGGGUCGGAAGAUCGUUGACUGAGCCGCUAAAGAUUGGGAACUGCACCAUUCCUGAAGGGUGCACAUGUUACGUGUUCACUUACGGCAUCCAUCGUGACCCCGCUCACUACCCUGACCCUGAGGUGUUCGACCCGGACCGGUUCCUGCCCGAAAAGUGCAGCCGCAGCCACCCUUACGCCUUCGUGCCCUUUUCGGCCGGUCCUCGAAACUGCAUAGGCCAGAAGUUCGCCAUGUUGGAGCUGAAAGUACUGUUGGCGAAGGUGCUCACGAACUUCAGUGUGUCGAGCUGCAACCACCGGGACGAGCUGCUGUUCGAUGCCGACAUCCUGCUCCGAACCAAAAGGCCAAUCAGGAUACGUCUGCAGCCACGGCAUGGCGCUGGCUUCAAAUAAAAGCUCCGGUUUCAAAGCUCCCAUGCACG